CUGCUCAUCUACAGAGUUUUCCCGCGGUGUUCGAAGCUUGUGCUGAAGGCCCUGCACGCUGCUCUCCUCUUGUCAAGUCUAGUCAUUGGAGCAGUCGGUCUGCGCGCAGCCUACAGUCCCCUCCACGGCCAGCCGUAUAGCCUGCACAGCUGGCUCGGAAUCAUCGUCUUCACCCUCUACGGCCUGCAGGUUCUUGACCAUUUUGUGCCCAGGAAUUUGCUAUUUUUCUUCUCGGAAAAACGGGAGAAGAGUCCUUGCAGAUAG